GCAAGCCGAGUCCCUUCCGUCGGGAUGGUGGGAGGCAACCCCAUCAAGGAGUUGAGUGGGGCCGUUAGGCCAGUGUAUCAAGGGAGAUUUAUCGACAGAUUUCCAGAGCUCUCCACAGCUGGAAAACUGAUACCGAUCGGAGAAACAGCUGGUAGUUGUCUCACAGAAGUAUUCCCCCGACCACUUACUCCACCUGUUGUGAAAAAGUUUCGAAAUACCAGCAGUCCACCUCUUGGUGGAGAAAGAGUAUUUUAUGGUCGAGCAAAUGACCCUGAUAUUGCAUCUCAUUUAAUACAUGGUAUAAAAACCAAAUCCUCUGUAAAGGCAGCCUUACUGGUAAAUCCACCUCCCAAAACGUGCUUUCAACAAAAACUGAAAGAGAAGAAAGAAACUGUUUAUGUGAGCAACCGUGAAGCGCCCCUCGGGAAGUGCCACGAUCUGGAAUCUAGAUUACCUAAAGGAUUGGAUUUGACUAACACUACAUUUGGAGUAACAACCAUCAGAGAGGGACCUGGUGGAGAAGUUAUCAAUCCACCCAAGACAUUUGAAGAAGUCAAUAAAGAAGCACUUGAAGGACAUGAGUUGUAUGUUGCAUCUCACAAUGAUUAUUUUGUUGGAGAGCCAAUGAACAGAAAAUAUGACCCAUCUGUAUUCCAUAGAUUUAAUCUUUAUGGGAAAGAAACACCACAUUUUAAUGAUGGACGAAAUGUAGCCAGAACUUUACGUUGGCUCCACGAGAUGCAGAUGAAGAAAUCAGCAAAAAUUGUGCCCAAAAUAAGUGAUGAUUUCAAGGAAAAAUUUCAGCCUCAGCUUGGAAAAGUCCUUGAUCCCAUAGUGGAAACGCUUAAUGUCCCUCUAGACCACACAUUUGGGAUACGUCUAAAGCCUGAUGAUCAUGGUGUUGGCGACCUUCUUCAUUAUCGGCUUCCAAGUGAAUAUCUACGAGGGAAAGACAGAGAACGGGCUGUUUUUACUGCAAUUCGACAGAACUUGAAGAAAGCUAAUUACCACAACUUUGAAACAUUAUUAGACGCAUUCAGGCAUUAUGAUAAGGAUGGUGAUGGAAAAAUAAGCAAGGAUGACUUGAACAAGGCCUGCUUUCAGCUUAAUAUUGACUUGGACACAGAGCUUCUGGAUUCUUUAUUUGAUUUCUGUGAUUUGGAUCAAGAUGGCUUUAUUGACUAUCUGGAGUUUGCAAAUUUCCUCAAUUGGAAAAACAAAAUGUCUCUGGAUGAGUAUGAAGAAAAAAUAAUUACAAAAGGGAAAAGAAGAGCUUCAUUUGACCUCAUUCCCCCUGAAGGUACAGAAAACAAAGCAGAUGAAAAUGCUAUUCUAAAGCCUGAAGACAUAGUACCAAAGGAACCAGGAAGUUCAAAAAAGACACCCAGAACACUUUCAAGACCAACAGAUCGUGUAUAUUCUGAUUAUCGUACAACUUCUUCUCAGUAUAAUGCAGUCGUGGGAGGCAUACCUUCAAAAUUCUUCCCAUUAUAUGGGGUUCCAACUAUUCGUGGAGACAUCCCUGCUCCUCGCUUUCGCCGCAUCAGUGACAUCACUAAUUAUGGAGAUCAAGCCAGUGCUUAUGCAUUAUUAUCUCCAUCCAUCUACAGUAAUAAAGGAGUGUAUGAAAGAGACUUCUUCAAGUCAAGACCAAAAGAAGAGAUUGCAAGGAUCCUGCGCAACAUUGGUGUGAGUAUUUCAGAUGAAAGUUUUGAUGAAAUCUGGAGGCAGGCCUGCCUGAAAGAUCACAGAGGAGAGGCUUGUGUAGAAUCUGUUCGAAAUGUACUGGACGAGAUGCAAGCAUCACACAUAAAAAGCAGAUAAUGGGCUGUCUGUGAUAUUUAUUUUAUUUAUAUCCUUUCUGUAUGUGAAGAAGAUUCUCCCAUUUUUACUUGGUUUACAAAAUAAAGACAGAACAUGUUCAGUCACUGAAAAUACAUUUAAAAAACAGCCUAUACAGUUUUAAGUCAGAAAUAAAACAUUCCAAAAUGAGAAACAUGUGUACAAUCAGAUAUCAGAGUCAAUACAGUAGCGGGGGGGGGAAUGGAAAGAACCCUUGGGGAACGUUCAAGAACAGAGCUAAGCAAAAACAAACAAGUUACCCCAGUAGAGCACUGAAAUGGAUGAAUGGGAGAUAUUCUCAGUGGAAAAUAAGCACAAAAUCACUGUGGUUAAAAGUUAUAUGAGAUUGAGAUUGCUCAAGAGCACAGGUGUCAAACUCACGGCCCUCCAGAUGUUCAUGAACUACAAUUCCCAUCAGCCCUUGUCAGUAUAGCCAAUGCUCAUGUUGGGAGGGACUGAUGGGAAUUUUAGUUCAUGAACAUCUGGAGGGGCAUGAGUUUGACACUCCUGCUCAAGAGGAUACUUGUGCAGCAAUGAAAGGGGAAACAUAAUGCAACUAAUAAGCGGAAUGUUAUACUGGAACUUGUAAAUUCCAGGUUUUAAUCUUCAUUCUGUCAUGGAAACUUCCUGGGUGACUUUUGCUCAGUCACAAACUCUCAGCUAAACCUUCCUCAUAGGGUUGUAAUGGGAAUGAAAUGAAGAAGAGCCACUACAUAAGCCACUAGAUGGUAAGGAAUAUGAGCACUCUGUUCAGAGAAAUAAUAGGAAUAGGAAGAAGUGGGAUUAGGGGGCAACCAACACUAAUGAUGUCCGAUUGAAUAUAUUGACCAGUAUAAUCAUAUAUUCGCAUAAAUCAUACUUAAGACAUCUUUUUGAUGAGCUUCACAGACUAUUCUGGGAACUAAGGAACUAAGAUGGCGCCCGCGGCGGAGCUCAGCAGCGGGGCUCCGCUAAACAAACAAACUUUCUAAGCCUUUUACAACUGCGAAGUGUGAAGACCUCCUCCUAAAUCAGCCUGGGAGAGAACUUUCUACCCACUUCGGUAUUUUACAACUGCGAAGCAUUUUACAACUGCGAAGCCUUUAAGCCUUUUACAACUGCGAAGUGUGAAGACCUCCUCUUAAAUCAGUCUGGGAGAGAACUUUCUAUCCACCUCGGCAUUUGUGGUUGCUUGUCAGGUCAGGAACAACUGGCAGAUAAGAACGAC